AUGAGCAAACCGUCAGAGGAACAUUUUCGUAUCAUCCUUCUGGGAAAACGUGGUAGUGGAAAAAGCGCCACAGGUAACACUCUUCUCGCGGCAGAGAAAUUCCAGACAGACUCAGAUGGGACAAAGGAGCUGAAGAGAUCCGUGGUGGUGCGCGACGAACGAAAAGAAGGAAAAAAACUAAUAAUUGAGGUAACGGACACACCAGGUUUCUCAGGGACCAAAGCAACAACCCAAGAAAUGAAAACAACUGUGGUGAAGUCUGUGAUGGCCUACCGACCUGAGUUUUGCAUCUUUGUCUACGUCAUGAAGUUCAACGGCUACGAGAAAGAGGAUUUUGAGAUGUACAAGCGAUUCCUGGACCUCUUUGAGCCAGAAAUAUCCCCAUACACCAUCCUUUUAUUUACAGGGGGAGAUUACUUAAGGGAAAGGGACUACGGCGAGGAACUGCAAAAACUGCUGGGUCAGAAUUUCCCCGCGAUCUCUGAUAACUUUCUUGUUUUUGACAAUAAAACUUCCAUACUAAAGAGAAAGAAAAAACAAACAGAUGAACUUUUGGAUAAGAUCAGAGAUGCUAUGGGAAAGACCAAAGAGAAACCGUUUCAAUCUGACUUACUGAAAGAGGUCGACAAGGCAGUAAGACAGGCUGUGAAGAGGGGAGCGGGUAAGGUGAAAAAAGAAGGGAAAAAGAUCAAAGUUGAUAAUGGGGAAAGUUGA